UCAGGUUUUGUCAGAAAUAAUGGAAAUUUUAUAUUUUGUUUUUUAAGUUUUUAAUACAUUUUUGUUUUAAUAAUACUAAAAUUAGAACUUUAUAAAUUAAUUGUUUUUUGAGCUAUUCAAUUUAUAAUAAUUUAUAUUGCUUGUAUUAUCUACAUAAAAAAGGUUUAUGCAAACAUCACGUAAAUAACAUAUGUGAACGUACGUAUAUAAUUUUGAAAUUUGACCGACUCUGUUGACGAAUCAUAUCACGGAUACCAGCAUUAUCGACUCAGGCUUUCUAUAUUACCAGAGAGGUGCGCAACAGAGACGAGGCGAUUGUGCAACGCGACCAAUUCAGCGCGAUGAAAAAGUGCAUCCGUAUCGGUGGAUGACGCAUACCAAGGACAGAUAAGAAUGGCUCGGUUAAUUUCGUCAUCGUCAGCACGUGUUCCGUUAACGUUGCCGGGGGGGCACUCGGCGGCAGUCAGACAGUCAGUCGGCCGCGUCACGUCGUGAGUGAGAAACCUGUUCAAGAUUCCCAGAUGCAACGAUCCGUCACAUUCGCCGACACAUCCGAACGUAGCCUGUCAAAAUCACAGCUAGCCGCGUUGUUUGAAAAACGCCACGCUGCGCGACCCUACGUUCGUUCCUCGUGACGCAACGGAAGCUUAGGCAAUCGAAAAUGCGAAUCAUAUUUGUAAAAUUCCGCGAGAUCUCGCAGAAAUAUCCGAUUAUACGAGGCAUGGCGUCCUAUUCGAUUAUCUGGCCAACCGCGAACCUGUUGCAACAGAAGAUAAUGGGCAAGGAAGAGUUUAACUACGCGGAGGCAGUGCGAUUCUGUCUCUACGGUAGUCUCUAUGUAGCCCCUACACUGUACUGCUGGCUGAGAUGCGCAUCUCAUUUCUGGCCAAAAGCAGAUUUGAAGUCUGCAAUUACUAAGGCUCUGGUUGAACAAGUUACGUACACUCCCGCAGCUAUGUGUUCCUUCUUCUUUGGCAUGAGUCUUCUUGAAUUAAAGCCAGUUUCGGAAUGCAUUGACGAGGUCAAAAUUAAGUUUUGGCCAACAUACAAGGUUGCUGUUUGCAUAUGGCCAAUUCUGCAAACUGUGAAUUUCAUCCUAAUCCCGGAGCGAAAUCGCGUUGUAUACGUAAGCGUAUGCAGUUUGGUCUGGACAUGUUUCCUUGCAUACAUGAAAUCUCUCGAAGCCAAGCGGAAGCUGGUUGAUAUUAAUAAUACUAAUCACAAAAUGAUAUCGGAGACUAAAGCGCAAACCAACGAAAGUCACAUGCAUAUUCCUCUACUACGAUGAAAGUUUUAGGAAAUUAAUAUAUUAGAUUAAUUUAUUUAUAUAUAGGAUUUGCAGUUGGAAGCUAAAUUUAACUUAUACCAAUGCAAUUGAUACGUAUAUGAUUAUCUGUGAUAUUCACAGUACAAAAGUAUUGCCUAUACUCUUGCGGGAAUAUGUUAUUACAUGUAACAAUAAUAUUUAAAAAUCGAUGAAAGAUACAUGUAAAACAAAAUUAUUUUAAAGUGAAAAUGAUAUAAUAAUAAUAUAAAUGAUAGUAAUAUGUUUGCCACAUCAA